UGAGAGGUGCAGAAUUGGAGGCCAAUACAUAGAGAGCACAAGACAAUGCUCUCUUCCCUCCAGUUCCUAACUGAACAGGUCGAAAUGAACACCCUCAAGGCCAUAGUAACUUACUCCCCUAUCAGAAACCCACUAUCCUUCCCUCACCAAAAAAAGUCCAUUAGCAGGCAAAGAUCAACCCUCUGUUUCUCCAACUCAGAUGAGCCUGAAUCAGGCUCCUCAUCUUCGUCCAAAGGCGACAAGCGUAAGCAGGAAAUUCUGGCAAGGAUAGCGAUGCUACAAACCCAAAAGGUUCGCCUCACUGAUUUCCUAGACGAGCGCUCCGCUUACUUAACUCAGUUUGCGGAAGAUGCAAGUGCAGGAUUCGAUGAGAUUGGUGAGAAGGCAAUGAAAGAGCUUGAUGAUGCCGGUGACAGGAUAUUGGAGAAGUUGGAGGGCAAGAUGCAGGCUUUUGAAGAGAUUGCAGAUAUAAACAGAGAGGAGAUUGAGAAGAACGAGAAGGUGCUGGAGGAAUUUGAGGAUCAAAUCCAAAAAGACCGAAAUGAAGGUCUCUUCUUCAAGAACCUGCGAGAGAAAACACCUGAAGCCAAAGCCGAAGCUAAGAUUGAAACACAAAAGCUUAAAGAGAUCGCAAAGGAGAAUGCAGGCUCAAAAGUUCGCAGAUAUAUUUACCUCGGGUUGAUGUCUGUGCUAGCCAUCACCAUAUCUAAUGCCAUUUUUGCUACUACUGACGUUGAAUGGGGGAAAGUUGCAGCAUUAUCAUUCAUAUUUUUGGGCUUGCUUGCUCAAUUCAUCUAUGAGAGGAGCCUGUCAGGCGACAAUCAAGGAAAGAGAUAGAAAUGGUGAUUGAAAAUGAAACAGAAGAUCAGUAGAUAAAUUAUAUUCUUCGUGGAGUCUCUAAUUACUGAGUGCGAGCUAUUGUAAAUGUUGUAGAAGAUAUACAAAUAGCAAUGGGUUGGAUGUUGCAAGGUAAAAUAAACCACAGUAAACUCUAACCUGUGGUCUGAUACAUACCAGCUACCUUUGCUUUUGCAUCAGAACUUUAUCUUGGCAAUACCUCUUCCACUGCCAAAAUAAUGUAACCGAACUACAAGUUCUGAUGCUGUACGUGCUUGGGAGUUACUUAUUUUCUUUCAACAAAAUUCAUAAUAAAUCAGAGAGAGGAUUUGUGACCAAGUUAAA